UUCGUAGCCCUCUCUCUAUUCUUUGUGAGGUCACCAGCCGCUGGGCCAUGGCAGAUAUCCGUCGAGCUACCCACUUUUUGUUCUCUCCUUUUCUUCCCUGUUUAUUUCCCUUCUUCAAUCAUGUAUUUAUUUUCCAUUUGCCUGGAAGUUCCUUCUGCAACGCCGGAGAUUUUGAGGUUUAUUAUUACAUCUAUUGAGCAUCGAUAAUGGGAUCAGGAGUUUGGUUCAGGAACAUAAUCAGCAAAAAGAAGACGAAGGGCGAAAAAAAAUUGCAGAAAUUGCAGAAGCCUUCAGCACCUGAAAACACAAAUGCUUGCGAAAAGGAAAUCGGUCUGGACAAAGUGUGUCCUUUAAUAGCCAUCAACACUGCCGCUGCAACGUGUAUUAAUCCGAUCGGCAAUGUUGUCUCAUUAGAGGAUGCUGCUGCAGCCAAAAUCCAGACUGCAUACAGGGCUUAUUCGGUUGGUCGUGCUAGAAAAUCUUUUCAUAGGAUGCGGAGAAUGUCGAGAUUACAGGAUAUGGUGCAGCGUGAUUCAGUUAAGAAGCAAGCAUCGGCGACAUUGAGUCAUCUGCACUCAUGGAGCAGAAUUCAGGCUAGGAUCAGACAGCGUCGAGCUCAUAUGGUUACAGAAGGUCAGCUCAGGCAGAAGAAGCUCGAGAAUCAGCUGAAGCUGGAAGCGAAGAUUCACGACCUUGAGGUGGAGUGGAGUGGCAGUGCCGUAACAGCUGACGAAGCCAUUGCAAGGAUUCAUCAGAGGGAAGAAGCAGCCGUGAGGCGGGAGCGCGCCAUGGCGUAUGCAUUUUCUCAUCAGUGGAGGGCCAACACGAGCCCUAGUUUUGGACCUAGCAAUCAAGAACUUAGCAAAGCGAAUUGGGGGUGGAGUUGGAUGGAUCGAUGGAUUGCAGCGCAACCAUGGGAAAGCCGUGUUGCGGCAGUCCAGGAAAGCCCGAAGAAAGGACAGCGUCGCCCUCCAAAUAAGAUCGCGAAAACCGCCGUUUUUCCGGCAAAUAAAGCUUUGGAUAAAGUUAAAGCAGUGUCUCCCAAUGGCAAGAUUACCAGGAAAGCUCGGAAGCUGUCUUACGAAGGAGCUGCUGCUAAAAUAGCUGCUAAGAAAGUGAGCUCAAAUGGUGAUGACAGAAAGACUGGCAAUGGGAAGGAAGGAUCUUAAAAUCUUAAUGGAGUUUGUGUGCAAAAAUCGUUAUUUGUUAUUUGUUUUUUGUUCAUUUUAAGCUUAUUGUAUAUGUAAUAAAAAUCUGAGUUGCUGUGAGAUUGAGAUAUAUUUCGUAUUUGGAAAUAAAUUAUGAAUGUUUUUAUGA